AUGAGCGGGGGCCGCUUCGACUUUGACGAUGGCGGGGCGUACUGCGGAGGCUGGGAGGGGGGCAAGGCCCACGGGCACGGGCUGUGCACUGGCCCCAAAGGCCAGGGCGAGUACUCGGGCUCCUGGAACUUCGGCUUCGAGGUGGCGGGCGUCUACACCUGGCCCAGCGGCAACACCUUCGAGGGCUACUGGAGCCAGGGCAAGCGCCACGGGCUGGGCAUAGAGACCAAGGGGCGCUGGCUCUACAAGGGCGAGUGGACGCACGGCUUCAAGGGGCGCUACGGGACUCGCCAGAGCAGCAGCAGCGGCGCCAAGUACGAGGGCACCUGGAACAACGGCCUGCAGGACGGCUAUGGCACUGAGACCUACGCCGACGGAGGGACCUACCAAGGCCAGUUCACCAACGGCAUGCGCCAUGGCUACGGCGUGCGGCAGAGCGUGCCCUACGGCAUGGCGGUGGUGGUGCGCUCGCCGCUGCGCACGUCGCUCUCGUCCCUGCGCAGCGAGCACAGCAACGGCACGGUGGCCCCAGACUCGCCCGCCUCCGACGCCGCCUCCACCGCCAGCCUGGGCGAGGGCGCCGAGGGCGCGGACGACGCGGCGCCCUUCGAGGCCGACAUCGACGCCACCACCACCGAGACCUACAUGGGCGAGUGGAAGAACGACAAGCGCUCGGGCUUCGGCGUGAGCGAGCGCUCCAGCGGCCUCCGCUACGAGGGCGAGUGGCUGGACAACCUGCGCCACGGCUAUGGCUGCACCACGCUGCCCAGCGGCCACCGCGAGGAGGGCAAGUACCGCCACAACGUGCUGGUCAAGGGCACCAAGCGCCGCGUGCUGCCGCUCAAGAACAACAAGGUGCGUCAGAAGGUGGAGCACAGCGUGGAGGGCGCGCAGCGCGCAGCCGCCAUAGCGCGCCAGAAGGCGGAGAUCGCCGCCUCCAGGACAAGCCACGCCAAGGCCAAAGCUGAGGCAGCAGAACAGGCUGCCCAGGCUGCCAACCAGGAGUCCAACAUCGCCCGCACGUUGGCCAGGGAGCUGGCUCCAGACUUCUACCAGCCAGGUCCGGAAUACCAGAAGCGCCGGCUGCUGCAGGAGAUUCUGGAGAACUCGGAGAGCCUGCUGGAGCCCCCCGACCGGGGUCCCGGCGCCACGGGGACCUUGGAGCCGCCCCCAGAGAGCCCUCAGCUGCACGAGCGGGAGACCCCGGGGCCCGAGCCCGCGCCCCCAUCGCCGGCCGGGACGCCCCCGCAGCCCAAGCGGCCCCGGCCCGGCACCCCCGAGCCCGCGCCGCCCGCCAAGCUGGAGCCCAAGCCCAUCAUCCCCAAGGCAGAGUCCAAGGUCAAGGCCCGCAAGACCGAGGCCCGAGGGCUGGCUAAGGGCAAGAAGAAGGCGCGCAAAGAGGCGGCGCAGGCGGAACCCGAGGUGGAGGUGGAAGAGGUCCCCAACACUGUCCUCAUCUGCAUGGUGAUCCUGCUCAACAUUGGCUUGGCCAUCCUCUUCGUUCACCUCCUCACCUGA